AUGGCGGACGAGAGAUAUGUGGACGUUCUCCUUGAGACGAUGGCAAUCUCCAUGGCGGUCUUCUUUAUGACUUCCCCACUGUCUCAGACACUGGACGUCUAUGGAAUGCCGGCCAAAGUCCGCUACGUGAAGCCGUUGAACUUGCUCUGCUUCUACCUCAAUUGCAUGGUGCAGCUGGCCUAUGGCCUCUACCUGCCUGUUGCCCCACUGGUGCCCUGCAACGCCUACGGCGCGGCCGUUGGAGUCGUCAGCACGCUGGUUUGUUGGUGGUUCGCCCGUCGCGAGGCGCAGGCAGAAGACUGGGACCGCAAAGCGGCCCUGGGAACGUUGGCCAUAGCAGCGCUCUCCAUGCUAGCUUUCGCUUAUGCGAAGUACGUCGAGGGUGGCGCUGAGUUCGUCGGCAAGAUCGGGAUCUUCGUGGCCUUUUCUAUGUACGGAGCUCCACUUGCAAGCAUCGGUGAGGUGGUGAGGACACAAUCUUCCGAGACGCUGCCACUGCUGCAGAGCUUCCUUGGCUUCUUGAACAGCAUCUGUUGGCUGGCAGUGGGUCUCCGCAAAGGCGCGACGCCGAUUUGGAUUCCGAACCUGGUGAGCGCCUUUCUGUCCUGCAUCCAGCUUGCCUUGAUUUACAAGUAUCCCGUCCGACCGGAGAAAGGCGCUGGUGAGCAAGAGGAGCUGAUUCUCAACCACGUCGAUGAGCCCCUUUGCCAGGAGAAAGAGUCCAAGCGUCAGGCGAAGGUGAUGCUGCAGAGCCACUGCCUCGAAGAGGGAGGGCCAGAAGAGCCUGAGGAUUAUGGCCUGCCCUUCUCGAUCUAA